UUAGUCAUGAAAACCGGUAUGAUAUUUUAUACAUUAAACAAUCAAACGCGUAAUUUCUGUCAUAUGUGAUUUCAUGUUAGGGUAGUCGGUUCUUAACUUUCAACGAUUAUACAAUGACAAGUAUUAUAUACGUGGCUGCAGGUGGAGGUCGAGUGAAUAUAAAAUUUCCCCUAAAUCCAUGGUUUAUCUUAGGAUUGACUUCAAACAAAGCCUCUCAAGACCAAAUAAAGUACGCAUUUAGUCAGAAGAUCAACAAUCCAGUGCGUCAAAACCGAACACUUGCCUCGCUUGCCAAUCACAUUUUAACUUCUACCGAAUCAAGAUACCGAAGGAAUGGCAACAUGUAUUCCAUCACAAUUUAUGACCAUUUCACGGUUGUAGCGUCAGGCGACACUAAAAAGCUUCAGGAUAUGAUAAAGAAAAACAAAAAGUUGAAGACGACAUCGGAUGAGCACGGCCGCACAUUACUUUAUCUGGCUUGUAAAUCGGGGUUCUAUGACACGGCAAAAAUGCUCUUGAACGAAGGAGCAGAAAUUAAUAAGAUUCAAAGAGAUGGCAGUACAUCACUUCAUGUUGCUUCAUAUUAUGGUCACUCGUUGAUCGUUGGAUUACUUCUUGAGUAUGGUGCACGUACUGAUAUCAAAAACAGAUGGGGGAAUACCGCAUUAGUGGAAAGUAGUUUAGAUAGUGUAAAGAGUUUGAUAAAAAAUGCAUCAACGGACGUCAUUUUCUCGCUGAAAACUGAUUUUAUGCGAAAGAAUUUGGUUUCUCGUAUGCGACCAAUUGAAUUCAAAGAUAAAGUAAUUGCAAAGGAACUAAUACGCGAUAAAAGAUUAUUGGAUGAAUGCACAAGAUCCCUAUUACCGUCCAUCGUUAAAAAUUGGGAUUUGGUAUGGCAUGGCACUAAAUUCAAGAACUUAGAAUCUAUCAUGAAACACGGUCUUCUGCCUGCUGGUACAAACGGUGUAAAGCCACCAUCUGGUCACAUUCAACUGGGCAAAGAUUUUCUCGGAAUCAAAAAUUGGGCUGCUGCAAUCUUUGUUUCACCAAGUAUUUUAUACUCUGCUCACCCAGUAUAUUCAGAAAGAAUUAUGUCAAAAAAUGAGCAAUGGAGCGUCUUGCUGAAAGUUUACUGUCGACCUGACAGUUACAAGGCAUACGAUCCAACAGUUUUGAGCUACGACGGAAUGGAUGGUGAACCUGACUUGCCAGAGUAUCGUGUUCCAGUAAAGGGAGAAGAUAAAGAAGUCAUUCAUCGCGUGGAGUUGGCACGAAAUGUCGUUGUGAGAUCCAUCAUAUUUGUUCGUACUAGUGUCUUGGAAAACCACGAACUCAACUUUCAAGUAGUAAAAAAAAUAUUUCGGGGUUGAUGGUUAUCGAUCUGUUUGUAUGUACAGUAGAUAUAUGAAAAACACUGUCCAAUCAUAACUAAACAUCCACAAAUUUAUGGGAUGUUGCAAAAAAUCUUCACUUAAAUAUCUUCACCAGCCGUCAUGUACGAAGCUAUUGAAGAGAAUUAACGUGAAUUUCAUGCUUAUAUGACCUCAUGUAACAAUUACGUUUCCCACAAAUACAAGCAGCUCAACCUUGAACACAAUCUAUAGUUAUUAUAGUAAAGAUCAUUAGGGUAAACUGUAACCGGACUUUUCAGUACUAAACAUUUUGUCCGCUUUCACGUAACUUGAUAAUAUAUGUAGUAAACUAUCUGAGUUGCUAUUGACAUCUCCAAAACAAAAAUUUGCACGAAGAUCAAAUGUAGUAAUUUAAGAAUACAUAAAUAUAUUAUACAAUCUUG